AUGGGAAUCGGUGUUUACCUAAUAGUCGUCGGGGUAUUGGGCUUCUUUGGAACCCUCGGGCGCAGAAAUCGUUGGCUUGUAAUAUAUUCUCUAUUAGUUGCUAUUUUGUGCGUGGCGGAAAUAAUUAUGGGAGUGAUAAACUACAUUAUAGGAAGCAAGGUACUGAUCUUUGUUGGUUUCAGUAUAUGCGGUACGGCGUUAGAAGUAGCGAAAGUUGAUAAGAAUCCUGUUGUUGAUAAAUUAUAUGAAGUUUCUGAGAAUGAAUAUGUUUCGGUGCUAUUCGACGCUGCAACUGGCGGGUAUGAUAUCUUCAAUGUCGUUACUUUAAUUACUGGAACAACUAUUUUUCAACUUUGGCUUGCGGAAAUGGCUUUUGUGUACAGUUGCCUUAACGAUGACGAAGAGGAAUAUUAA